UCAUCUUCUUCUUCCAAAAAACCCGCAUAACAACCCAGUUUUUAUGGGAUAUCAGAUGAACACAGAAGCUAUGGCAGUCGUAGAGGAACGUCGCUCUGCAAAUUACCACCCCAACAUUUGGGAUGGUGAUCGCAUCCGAUCCCUGAGGAGCAAUUACACUGAUACACAACGCGAUCGCCAUGAGGAACUCAAACAAGCAGUUCAGAGAAUGUUAGACGUCGACAUGGAACCUCUCGAUAAGCUUAGUUUGAUUGAUGACAUCCAACGGCUCGGUGUGGCCUACCACUUCGAGAAGCAGAUUAAUGAUGCUUUGGAUGAUCUGUACUCAAACAAUGCGGAACUUGCAAACAAGAACAAUCUCCAUGCAGCAAGUCUCUAUUUCAGACUGAUAAGGCAACAUGGGUGCUACGUUUCAUCAGAUAUAUUCAUCAAAUUCAAAGAUGGAGAAGGUGGUUUCAAGCCCAGCCUCAGUGAAGAUGUGGAUGGCCUUUUGAGCUUGUAUGAAGCUUCAUAUCUUGGGAUCAAAGGUGAAACUAUCUUGGAUGAAGCUAAGGCUUUCUCCACAUCAAACCUCAAGAAGCUGAUGGGCGAUGUCGAGGCGGGCCACGCUAGAAGAAUAGAGCACGCGUUAGAUCUCCCCUUGCAUUGGAGGAUGAUCAGAGUCGAAGCCAGGCACUGCAUAGAUGUGUACGAGGAAAAUAAGAAUGAGAGGAGCAAUGAUUUGCUUGAAUUUGCAAAGUUGGAUUUCAAUAUGGUCCAAUCCAUACACCAAAAGGAACUCAAAGAUUUGUCAAUUUGGUGGGAUUCUAUUGACUUAGCAAGGAAGCUGGGAUUCGUGCGAGACAGACUGAUGGAGAGCUUCCUACUCUCAGUUGGAGUGGUUUUCGAGCCAAAAUUCUCCGAAUGCAGGAUGUCAAUUACUAAAGACAUAACCUUCAUUACCGCUAUCGAUGAUAUUUAUGAUGUUUAUGGUUCACUUGAUGAGUUGGAACUCUUCACUGAUGCGGUUAACCGAUGGGAUUUAGGGGCCGUAGAUCGGCUACCAGAGUAUAUGAAGCUGUGCUACUUAGCUUUGUUCAACACUACAAAUGAAAUGGCAUACAUCACCUUGAAAAAGACCGGAUGGAAUGUCCUGGGCUACCUUAAGAAAUUGUGGGCAAUGCAAUGCAACACCUACCUUGUAGAGGCUCAAUGGUUUCAUCAAGGGUACAUACCAACAAUGGACGAGUACUUGAACAAUGCAAAAGUUACUAUUGGGGUGCCCCUUGUACUGGCCCAUACAUACACUUUCACACAACAACGCAUGACGAAGGAUGAACUUGAUCGCAUAGACAAAGAUCUCAAGCUCAUUUCAUGGUCAUCGUUGAUCUUUCGGCUCUUUGAUGAUUUGGGAACUUCCAAGGCGGAACAACAACGUGGGGACGUAUCGAAAUCAAUCCAAUGUUACAUGCAUGAAACUGGUGUAUCAGAAGAAGUUGCACGGGAACACAUCAAGGAUCUGAUAAGCGAUGCUUGGAAGGGAUUAAACGAAGAGAGUCUUAAAGCUGCUUCUUUUGGGAGGACUUUCGUAAAUGCCAUUAUUAAUGGGGCCAGGGCCGGUGUGUGUACCUACCAACAUGGAGAUGGUUAUGGUGUUCCUGACCAUGAGACCAAGGGUCGAGCCAUGUCUCUAUUUCUUAAACCAAUUCCAAAGGAGGCCGACAUCAAGUUGGUUUAAGGUGUGUUUGGUUAUAUAUGAAAUUUGGUGCAACCAAAUACACCUUUAAAAAAUUGACUAGUUCUAUUUAUAGUUUCUGUCAAAACAGCUUUCAGCCUAUUCAAAGAGAAAUGUAUAAUGAAAGGAGUAGAAUUCCUAAUGGUUGUGAAUUCCUUAUUAUGAAUAUAAUUCUAUGGAAAAACUGUCAAAA